CGUGCUCCGCGUGACGCCGCCCACUCUCCCUACGCAGAGUUAGAUCCGGCUGAGUAAUGGAGAACGGCAGCAGCAACGGCGGCGAGGCGCUUCCCAACGGGAACGGGAAGGCGGUGCAGGCGCUGCAGCGGAGCUUCGGCGAGGUGCAGGGGAUCCUGGAGCACAACCGGAUGCUGAUCCAGGAGAUCGGCCAGAACCACGAGUCGCGCGACGCGGGCGGGCUCAGCCGGAACGUCGCCCUCAUCCGCGAGCUCAACAGCAACAUCGCCCGCGUCGUCGGCCUCUACUCCGACCUCUCCACCUCCUUCUCCGGCUCCCUCCUCGCCAAGGGCCCCGACGACGCCGCCGCCGCCAACAAGAGGCCGCGCCCUGCCCAGUAGAGUACAACUGUAGAAGAAACAGUCCUCUUCUUCUUCUCUGUUCAGAUUUAGAUUCAGAUUCGAGACGUGUUUCUUUUUCUUGAUGUGUUAUUUUAGCGGGCGUUGAGCUGAGGUAUGGACAGGGCAGCUUGUAGUCAAACGGAGAUGCAGGCAGCAGCGCACAACUGUAUCAGGGGAUGCAAAGACUAGUUAGUCUCUCAAGAUAAAUGUUUGGUUACUUAUAA